AUGACGGAAGAUGAUAGUAAAUUGGCUGGACACAGUGAGCCGAUUAGUGCUAUCGCUGUUUCGUUACAUCCACUAGUCAUAAUGAAUAUAUCGGAACAUGUGACUCGAAUAAGCGCACAGCGGAAUGAUGGAAAACCUUUCGAGGUUUUUGGUGCAAUACUUGGAAAGCAAUCUGGAAGGCAUAUUGAAAUGAUGAAUAGCUUUGAAGUGAAAUGGAAUAAUGAAGGAAAAGGUUAUGCGGUUAUUGAUGCAGAUUUUCUUUCUACAAGGGAGCAGCAAUAUCAAGAAGUGUUCCAAGAUUUGGAUUAUGUUGGUUGGUAUACUAUUGGAGACACAACACCAACACAAGCAGAUUGGGAGGUACAUCAGCAAUUCUCUGUAAUGCAUGAGUCACCAAUUAUGGUGAAGCUUGAUCCAAAAGCACCACCGGGUAACAAGUUACCAGUGGCAAUCUAUGAGUCUGUGUGCACUACCGGCUUAUCAGCAAGCAGCCCAAGUUCAGUAGUAUGGCAUUCAGUUAAUUGGUCAUUAGCCAGUGAACAAGCCGAACGUAUUGGAAUUGAACACGUUGCUCAAAUUUCAACUGUUUCAACUAACACUGUAUCUUCCACAAAUAAACAAAUUGCAGGACAGUUGGGUGCUAUAAAUAUGCUGCAGUCACGGCUGGAACUUAUUUAUGAUUAUUUAGUAGCAGUUCGUAAGGGCGAAUUACCACGUGAUGAAGCUAUUAUACGUGAAAUCGCUCAAUUGGUACGUCGAGUACCAGUUAUGAGUUCGGACAAAUUCUUACAGCAAUACAAAAAUCAAUGUCUGGAAGUCAAAAUGACUUCGCUUGUGGCAGUCCUUACAAAAACUUGUGGAACGCUUAAUGAUUUAGUGACUAAAAUGAACGUGAUGUCAGUGGAAAGGCAAACUUGGUUGCUUGCUUCUGGUAGACGAGCGCGUCCUUUUCCAGCUAUGUGA